CCAAAGAGAGCCAACCCCGCCCGAAACUCCGAACCGGAGAAAGGGCUCGACGGAAAAAACCGGAAAGAUGGGAGCUUUAUCGACGACCGAAAACGGGAAUUGGAAUUUCCCUCUUUUUCGUUUUGGUGGGUAGUCGCCAUUUCUACGAUUCUGAGUAAAUACAAGCACAAAACAAGUGGGAAACAUCAUCAAACUCUUCUAAGCCUGGGAAAGCGACAAGGGGGAGAAGCAUUGACCCCCAGGAAGCGAAGAGGGAGAGCUUUACGAUUCUCUUUUUGCCGAUUCCUUGCAAUAGCAAAACAGGACAUGGCGGAGAACCGAAUGAAGCUCUUGUUUCGUAUUGUCCUCCUCAUGGUUCGCCGGAAGCUUGGUAUUCAAAGGAAGUUUGGGGAAAAUGUCGGGGGAAGGAUGGGAGGUUGAAAGUUAUGAUAGUGGUGGUAGUGGUCGGAGGAGCAGUGGCAGCUCUAAUUGCAGCGGCGGCGCCGUUGCCGUGGCCGAAGAAGAGAAAGAGAAAGGAGAUGUUGAGUACUUUGGGUGGGUUUAUCAUUUGGGUACGAGCUCAAUUGGGUAUGUGUAUUGUUUCCUGAGGUUUCUCGUCAUAAGGGGAAAGAUUGUGGAGAUGUUCAAGCGCGAUCCUCACCAGCAUCCUGGAAUUAGACCCAUCAGAAGGGGUGUGGUUGGGCCAACAUUUAUGGUGGAAGAUUUAGGGUGCAGAAGGGUUCAUCGUGGGGAUGUUUAUGUGUUGCGGUUUUACAACAGAUUGGACGAGACCAAAAAGGGAGAAAUUGCUUGUGCUUCAGCUGAAGAAGCUCGAAAAUGGAUGGAGGCAUUUGAUCGUGCAAAGCUACAGGUAGACAUUUCACUUUGUUUAUCCUAUUGCAUUUCUAAAGAGAUUCUGCUGAACAAAAGGAUCAAUUUAGGUGGACGUCGACAUAGAGUACGGCGGUAUGCAACUGGAUUGAAACGACUUAUUAGUAUAAGUAGAGGUCCGGAAAAGCUUUUGCUGCAAUCAUCAAGUUUGGGCUCAAAGUUCAAGACAGAUGGAUAUUUUGAAGAGGAACGUGGAGAUGCAGUUGAAACGCAUGAAUGGAAAUGCAUUCGUACAAUAAAUGGUGUUCGCAUCUUAGAGGAUGUCUCCAAUAGCAAGAGUGCCAAAGGCGUUCUAGUGAAGGCUGUUGGUGUUAUCGAUGCAAGUGCUGACACUGUUUUCGAGGUGUUCCGUAACCUCGAUCGACAUCAAAGAUACGAGUGGGAUACACUGACAAGUGAUUUGGAGCUGUUAGAUUCUUGUGAUGGAAACUAUGAUGUUGUAUAUGGUACAUUUAAUCCAAAGAACCUGUCCCGGUGGAGCUCCAACCGAGAUUUUGUUUUUUCACGGCAAUGGUUUUAUGAGAGAGGAACCUACACAAUCUUGCAGUUUCCAGCUGUGCACAAGACACGACCCCCAAGAUCUGGAUUUCAAAGGAAGAAAAUAAACCCUUCUACCUGGGAGAUCAGAAGCUUGAACACGCCAAUGGGUUCUACAGCUGCAAAAUGUCUUGUGACAGAGAUGUUGGAGAUACAUCAAGCAGGGUGGAAUAGAUGGAAGCAAAACCUCAGUUCAAAGUUUGAAAGGACUAUUCCAUAUGCUUUGCUGUCUCAAGUUGCAGGUUUUCGUUGGACAACUUGCCUUUUUUUAUUAUUUCUGAUCCGUCCAAUGCAAGUAAUAACACUUUGUGCAGUUCUCCCUUCAAGUAUUUCAGAUGUUUCUGAUACCUCGAGUGACCAAGAGGAUGAAGAUGUCGAGGAUCAGUUUUUCGAUGCAAACAACGGUGAAUCUUCGUCAGACGACGACGAAGAGGGUGUCAACGACAGCGAACCAGUCAGUAAGACGUCUAUAGUGAAACUGAAGAAUGUUCUCUGGGCCAUCAGAUUCACUAACUUUGCCAAGAAGCAAACUUCAGGUUUAAUUAAUUAUAGGGAAUUGGAUCAAAGUGUACCUUCAGUGACCAUUGAUUCAAGUGUGUUUUCUGGUACUAUGCACAAAGGAACGAAUAAAGGCUGUUGGGAUACUCCUGCUGACAUGGGUUUUUUGGUCAGAGGAAGGACUUACCUACAAGAUAAGAUCAAGGUGAUGGGAGGAGAUCCUCUUCUGAAGCUCAUUGCAGCUGAUUGGUUCAAAAGUGAGGAAACAAUAGAAUGGUUCAGUCUACAUCCUAAGUGUCUACUGCAGACAGAACUGGGGAAGAAGCUUCCUUUUGUGUUUGUCUUCAAUCUCCAGAUUCCGGCAAAACCAUGCCACAGCUUGAUUCUCUACUUUGCAGCAGAUAGGCCGAUAAAGGCAGGUUCAUUGUUGGAUAAAUUUGUGAACGGGACAGAUGCAUUCCGGAAUUCCAGAUUCAAAUUGAUUCCCAAUAUCGAGGGUUAUUGGCUGGUCAAAAAAGCAGUAGGUAACAAAGCUUGCAUACUAUCCAAAACUGUAAACUGCAAGUACCGGAGACGAGACAAUUUCUUGGAGAUGGAUGCAGAUAUCGGGACAUCUGCCAUAGCAAGGAAAAUCAUUGGCAUGAGCUUUGGAUAUACGAGCUUCGUCGCUGAUCUUGCAAUUGUGAUAGAGGGACAAGAGGAGGAUGAGUUACCGGAGUAUCUUCUAGGGACGGUUCGGCUGCACCAUCUGGGGCCUGAUUAUUCAGUAACUUUGGAAACUUGAAGUUCCAUAAGUGGUUUGAUGAUCAUAUUCAUAUAUAUUCACAGAAAAAAACGACAAUUAAAAUCCAUAUUCUAGUUUAACCAUGUAAUACUUUUUAUUACUAGUUUCUGACUCGUCCGUUUGUUAUCUGAGCUCUUUGUGGAGCCAAAAAAAAAAAAAAAGCUUGAGGCUUAAGUUAUUGUUCUUCCCGAAUCUGGAAUUGUAUUUGUUUGUAUACGUGUAUAUCGAAUCUUGUGUAUGAAGAAAAGCUGUGCUGCUUUAAUGUAUGAAAAGAGAACUCAUUUCUAUACCAGAA